UAUCAGUAAUAGGUAUGGCGCCGCGAUAAUCGGGAACCUGUUCGUUUGCUAAAUCGGCGAUUCGCGGAUAUGAGCUUUAUCGUUAUCGUGCCGCUGAUAAGAAGAAAACAGACGCGCGUUACAGUUUUAUUCGCAUUACCGAUUGCUCGUGCUGUAUUUGGGAUUCCGAUGUGGCACCUGUGGCACACGCGCGCGUAACAAUUCGCUUGAAGAAAUACGUAACGCGUUGCGAUAUGUCUCAUAAUUUACGUAGUACAGUCUCGAUCAACGCUUGUAAGAAGUCGAAUGAGCGAUCGAUAUAGAUAGAGCGCAAAUCUAAAAAAAAGAUAUCCGAAAAGAGAUGUUCGAUUUUAAUCACGAUAUAGUGUGUGUACAUGUAUGUAUUUCUGUGUGUUAAAUAUUUUGUUAUUUAAUAAAAUGAAGUUUCGUGCAUCGUUGCUGUUUGUUCUGACGGUGAAUCUAUACCUCAUGAAGAUAUGUCUGAGUGUCGAUACGAAAAUGUUGAGCUUGUGCACGUCUCAAAGUACUUGUGAGAAUUGUUUAGAAGCGAGUUUGGCUUGCGCCUGGUGCAGUGAUUGGUCAUACUCAAAUUCCACGUACGGCAAACCGAGGUGCAACGUGCCUGAGCGUCUGCGGGCGUUUGGCUGUCCGAAUGUGGAAAUACGCGCGGCCCCACCGGGAUCACUUCGGGUGUUGACGAACAUGGAUUUCCAGGAUGUCUCCAAUGACCGUACGGUACAGCCGGUGCAGCUGAGACCGCAGAAGCUGCGACUCAGGAUGAGACCGCGUUCCAACCAAGUGGUGACGCUUCAAUAUAGACCGGCUAAGUAAAGAUCUCAAUUAAUAUAAGUAUAAUAAAGUAGUGAAAACUUUAGUUAUUGAUACCAUCGAUAGGGAGCCAGUUAAUAAAUAAUAAGUACGCGUUUGUAAAGUAAUUUUAUUUCUUUACUCCUGUGACAUUGGAUAAAUUAAUUGCAUUAAAGGGUGUAUAAGGAGAGUAGGAAAUGUUAAGAAUUGCAUAAAAUUUAAGACAUAAACUCUUUUAUAAAUAAUGUUAGGUUGUGAAUCUUUCAUCGGUUAGUCUUUGAGAAUUUUAGACAAAGUUCAAGAUUGUUUAAUGUCAUUUUUAUGUCACAAUAAAAGUUUUAUCGUAAUUCACGUAAUUUUCUAUGUGUAUAUAUAGCGUAGCUUGAAGCCACUUGAGACGUACUUGAGACAUGACAUUAAAAGAAAUCUACUUAUUGUAUUUUGUGCUUAGUUUUCGUUGUCUUACUUAAGGAGGCUCUUACCUCGAUCAUAAAACGACAGAUCUUUAUGAAAUUAAAUUAUGUUGUAAAGUGAACCACAACGAACCGAUGCCCAAAACUUUAGCAUAGGUUGACGAUAAAAAUUUUAAAAAUAUCAGUAUUGAAAUUCGCAUUUUUAACACAUGGCAUAUGGUAAACAUUAAAAUUUUUACCGGAAGUGACGUGUAUUUUCUUGGCAAGUUUGCGAGCCAGGUAAACAAAAAACUAAGAAAUUGUAGUUAAAAUAAUAAUCUUUCUAAUGAUAAGAAGAAAACUUGGUGUUGACGAUGAGUUAUAAAAGAUAUUGUAGUUUUAAUAUUUUUUUUUUUUUGUGUUGCUCCUAUCGGGUCAGGAGCGUAGACGCCUUCAGUCCUGCCUUUGGACUAUGUGACGCAUAUAUUGAAGAACUAAUAAUAAUUCUGUUAAUCUUUUUUACAAAAUUGUAAAUCACUCCAAGCUUGAACCAGUCUUCUCGCUGUAUUAUAACCUCAAUAGCCUCGGUUUCCGCAAUGCCGCGCUUCACCAACUCCUCGUCCAUCUUCUUCCUCUGUCGGUCGUAUAUACUGCACUGCCAGAUCACGUGAUUGAUAUCCUCCUUCUCGUGCCCACAUUCACAUUCCGACGAAUCGAUAAAACCUUUUCUUGCCAAUGACUCUCCUAAAUUGUAAUGAUUGGCUCGAAUUCU